UUAUCACGUUGACGUAGAAUAAUCUUUUAAUUUUUCUGUGGGAAAUAUUUGUAUAAUUUAUGAAGAGAUUAAUUAUAAUUGUUCUUCUACACCAAGAUUUUCGUUGAUCGAAAGUUUUUCGUGAAAGCUGUCGACAGUUCUGCUUUUUUUGCGGAUAAAAUGUAGAACAAUUUGUGUACCGUCGAUCUUGUCAUAAAGAUAACAGCAAUCUACGCAUUUCUACAAGUUUCUAAGGUGGAUUAUUCGCGAGUUUGAAAGACGCAGAAAUUUACAAGUGUGUGAGAAAUCCUUGACGAGACCAAUCAUUGGAGAAAUCAGAAACAAUCGGGAGAUUCGCCACAAGUGAAUCCUUUUACAUCUGGACGUCAACAAUUGCGAAAUUGCGAUUGACGGAUCUGCACAGAUCGUCCAUCGAUCACUCUGGAAUUUCCCGACGCAAAACGCGUGACACAGCCGUGACAUAAAUUUGCGACAAAAAGAAGGCGAAAGAAUCGUCGAAAAAGUGUACAAGGAAGAAGGUGUACAAACAAACACGCUUGAACGAUCAUCAGUCAACUAUAAAGCUUCGUGCAAACAGAAACGAUACCGUCACCAUUGCCGUGACAUUGGACGCUACGAAAAUUGUUUACGUUAUUUCAAUUCGGCAUUGAUAUCAAAAUACUCCGAAAACACACUGAAUUUACGUCAUGAGUUCCUGAAUCAGAAAUCAUUGAUCUCAGAGCAAGGGAGAGAGGAAAAAGAGAUAUGUUUCUUUCUCGCUCCCGAUCGUUGGAUGCUAAAUUCAUUGUGACGCAUUUGCAUCUAAAGAUUCACAGUUUACUUUCGGAGCAAACAUCUGUCAAUUUGGAACAAUGUCGAUUAUCUCGAAAUUAGCGGACUCGUCUUCCGUCAGAUAUUGUCGAGAUAUCGUUGAAUCGACGUGAGGAGAGCGCGCGUGUGAACUGCCAAGUGCGACUUGAGGGUGGAUGGUCGACAAAGAGACGCCUGGGAGGUAUCGAUCGACCUGCAUCUUGAAGAGGAUGCUCCCUUCGGUCUUGUAGGAGAGUAGAGCUCAUAUCGUAAUCACGUGCCGCGAGGACGGAAACGCAACGAGGGGAGAGAGUCAGAGGGUGGGCGAGGGAGGAAGGGAGACGACCUGCGGCAGGCGACGUCGUCAUGGAAAAUCGAUUUGCUGCCGACCACCACCCCUCUACGGCCACCCGACGAAGUGCAAUGACCUCCAAACCGGGAAGAUCCUACAACGUGAGAUCUCCGCGAAUCGGAGGUCCUCUGUCGCAGUCGCUGGCUAUGAUUCCUCCGACCAUGCACGGACACGAGUUCAAUCAGCCCCUGUCGAGGGUAGUCAUGGUUCGUAAAACGGAUCAAAGGACUUUUAGCAAGGGGAGACGGGGCGGCGAACCUCUCCUGGAAACUGUUACCAGGGAAACUGUCGAACUCUUCAACGGCGGCCGAGCAGAAAGGAAGUAUACUUCCGAAACGAGAGACAUCGUUACACCCAAAUCUAACAGUAUGCCGUCACUCAACGUGCAAGGAACGAAAAAGAAGGUGGUCGGUUUUGUCGAUCAAGUGUCACCUGAAAGGUCGAGGACGGACUCGGUAAGAUCCAAAUCCCCGUUGACGGCGUCGCCGGCAUCACCGGGUCCCUUGUCAAAUUCCUUGCACGGUAGUUUUCACGGCAGUCUAGGAAGCGAUGGCAUGUCCUGCAGCAGCGCCAGGUCCUCCUCGGCGUCUCCCGAUUCCGCGAGAUACUCGUCUUCGCAGAUAACAAAGACUGACACGCGUAAACCGUCUGUGCGCAGAUCGGGGCCUCCGAAGGAAUUCAUCAACGUCUGCCUCGACACGCACAAUUUCUACCGAUCGCGGCAUGGAGCACCGCCAUUACGACUCAGCAAACAGCUGUGCAAAACAAGUCAAGACUGGGCUAACAUAUUGGCGGCCAGGGGUAGAUUAGAACACAGGGCGAACAUUGACUAUGGAGAAAAUCUGUAUUGUAUGUGGAGCUCGAAUCCAAAAACCAUCGUUGGUGGCGAAGAGCCAGUGAACGAAUGGUAUGCUGAAGAAACUCAGCAUCAAUAUGGAAAGGAACCCACGACAUUGAAGACUGGUCACUUCACUCAAGUGAUCUGGAGAGACAGUACUGAAUUAGGAGUGGGAAUGGCCAGGAAUCGAAAUGGUGAAGUUUAUGUUGUGUGUAACUACAAUCCCGCUGGAAAUUUCCUAGGCAGUUUCACGGAAAAUGUCCUUCCACCUGUGGAGACUAGUCCUGCAAAACGAAUUAAUUUUACCGACUUUAAGCAACAAUAUACGAUAGACGAGCAAGCGUGGCAGCAGGAAGCAUUGCUAGUUCACAAUGAGUACAGAAGGAAACAUCAUGUGACAGAUUUGAGAUUGAGUCCGGAAUUAACAGCCGCUGCCAAGGCUUGGGCGAACACAUUGCUAAACACAAAUAAAUUGAUACCUCAAUCUUCGUCUCCGUACGGCGAAAAUAUUUAUUCGAUGCAGUGUUCCGAUCCUAAACUGAUCGUCUCUGCGCGUGAAGUCAUUUCAAAGUGGUAUUCUGAGAAGAAAGAGCACAAAUUUGGCGUCGAGCCGAAAGUUCUCAAUACAUGCCACUUUACUCAAAUUGUCUGGAAAAACACGACUGAAAUGGGCAUUGCUAUGGCCAAGCGAGACGGUACGUGCGUGAUAGUGGCAUGUUACCAUCCAAGAGGUAAUAUAGUAGGACAAUUCACCGAAAAUGUAUUGAAACCCAUAAAGAACGUCUGUUAGCUGAUUAAUCAUUUUCGAUUUACUUUUGUCGAUAAUGUAAUUAAGUUCUGUAUUUAUGUAUCGUGCAAAUAACGCUACGCGUAAUAUAUGUAAUGUAUAUAUGACAUUUUGUGCAUACAAGUAGAAUAAACAUUCCACGUACAAGCAUUUGUA